AGAAAAAAAAUACCUUUCUAAAGAACAGCAUAUUUCGUCAAACAGUUCACAAAAUGAUCCAAAAAGAUUUUCAAAAUCAUCAGGAAAUAUUGCACAUUUAAAAAUAAUAUAUAUAAUUCAUACGUUGAAUUGAUAUAUACAUAUUUUCACGUGUUUUCACUGAAAAAUUAGAAUAUAUCGUGUAAAAAGGAUUGCAAUGUGCGCGCAUUCCUAGAAAUCAGGACUCCAUGCGUGACAGAGUUGCCAAAAAACUGGGGGUUACGGAACGAACCGAAGUUAGCCGAAGGUUGUCGAGAUAAAUCGAGAGAAUCGAGUGGUGUGGGGCGUAUAUUUGUUAGUCGCACGCCGGUCGUUGAAUGGAGCGGGUGUGGAGACGUGUACAAGGUGCCGGGCGUCGCAGUGCCACAGCUCGCUGUGGUUGCCCUGUACAGCCUUGUCAGCUGCACGUGGACCAACGCGCGAAACGAGGAGGUGGACGGAAAUCUCGUGGUGGACCGCAGACAAUUGUGUGUGGUUGUCAAGUGCAGCCAUGUCCGGUACAUCCUGUACUAAUAAGGGUUCGUCGUACUCGACCCGGGGUUGGCAACUGUGACUGUCCACCGGAAUCACAACCUUGUCCGCAUGUAGCACGUACAUCGGCUAUACGACGGAUUCGAAGAUGUGACUGUCCGGAGCGGCCUUGUCGACACUCGGCGGCAGGCGGUGGUACGCGGCAUCGAGUGUCGGUGCAACCCUCUUCACCUACUUUCUCUCAAGCGAGCCAGUCGAAUCAACAGCAACAGCAGCAGCCGUGCGAGUGCGCCGAAAGAAUAAACUGCACCCACACAGGCGGCGGCGGCGGCGAGUGCGAGUGCGGCGAGGAAGCAAAGCCGUGCUCGCACACGGUCAGGCAACGUAUAAGCCACUCAUAA